AUGGAGCAGAACAAAAAGUACACACGCGAGAAAUGCAUCGAAUGCAGCAGCUGCAAAGGGAGCAACCAACAUCUGAAGAGAAACUACCAGGGAAGUAGUGAGCAAACUCCAGCAUUCAAAUCCUGCAGCCUCUUCCCAUGGAACGCGGCGCAGAGCGGCAGGGUGUGGACCCGGCAGAGCUCUCUGCUUCUUCCCUAUGAGUGGGAGGAUGACUGUGAGAUGAUCGACUGGGUGAUUGACCAGUACGUACAGGAGGACAGCAGCAUCUCUGCCUUCUACAAGGGCAGGCUCAUCCUGACCCUGAAGGACGCUCUGGGAAUCACCACCGUGACUGCUGAUGCAGGGAACCUCCCGAGAAGCCUCCAGGGUCACCUCUUUGAAGCAAACAUCCCCAUCAUCCCAGAGUACUGCUCCCCGGGACCUUCGUCCGAUUGCCAGCCAUGUGAGGAACAAUGCAACAGAGAGCCCCAGACCCCCCAAGACCCCAGCCCUGCAGCACUCUGUGAGACGGCAGCACAGACAGCUGGGCAAUCUGAUGAAAGCCACCCAGCCAGUGAAGAACAGUAUUACCAGGCGAACAUGUGGAAACAAUGUCACGACAACGUGAUGAAUCGAUGCCAGGACAAUGUGGGCCAACAAUGCCAGGAGGACCAUGUUGGCCAACAAUGCCAAGACAAUGUGUGCCAACAAUGCCAGGGCCAUGUGGGCCAACAAUGCCAGGAGGACCAUGUGGGCCAACAAUGCCAGGAAAAUGUGUGCCAACAAUGCCAAGACAAUGCAGUCCAACGAUUCCAAGACAGUGCAGUCCAAACAUGCCCGGAGAAUGUGGGCCAAAGAUGCCAGGACAAUGCAGUGAAGCCAUGCCAGGACAAUACGGUGAAACCAUGUCAGGAGAAUGCGGUGAAACCAUGCCAGGAGAAUGCAGUGAAACCAUGUCAGGAGAAUGCGGUGAAACCAUGCCAGGAGAAUGCGGUGAAACCAUGUCAGGAGAAUGCGGUGAAACCAUGUCAGGACAAUGUGGGCCAAAGAUGUCAGUGCAAUGCGGUGAAACCAUGCCAGUGCAAUGCGGUGAAACCAUGCCAGGACAAUGCGGUGAAACCAUGCCAGGACAAUGCGGUGAAGCCAUGCCAGGACAAUGCGGUGAAACCAUGCCAGGACAAUGCGGUGAAACCAUGCCAGGACAAUGCGGUGAAUCCAUGCCAGGACAAUACGGUGAAACCAUGCCAGGACAAUGCGGUGAAACCAUGCCAGUGCAAUGCGGUGAAACCAUGCCAGUGCAAUGCGGUGAAACCAUGCCAGGACAAUGCGGUGAAACCAUGCCAGGACAAUGCGGUGAAACCAUGCCAGGACAAUGCGGUGAAACCAUGGCAGGACAAUGCGGUUGAAACCAUGCCAGGACAAUGCGGUUGAAAACCAUGCCCAGGACAAUGCGGUGAAACCAUGCCAGGACAAUGCGGUGUGAAACCAUGCCAGGACAAUGCGGUUGAAACCAUGCCAGGACAAUGCAGGUGAAACCAUGCCAGGACAAUGCGGGUUGAAACCAUGUCAGGACAAUGCGGUGAAACCAUGCCAGUGCAAUGCGGUGAAAACCAUAGCCAGUGCAAUGCGGGAAACCAUGGCCAGGACAAUGCGGUGAAACCAUGCCAGGACAACGCGGUGAAACCAUGCCAGGACAAUGCGGUGAAACCAUGCCAGGACAAUGCGGUGAAACCAUGCCAGGACAAUGCGGUGAAACCAUGCCAGGACAAUGCGGUGAAACCAUGCCAGGACAAUGCGGUGAAACCAUGCCAGGACAAUGCGGUGAAACCAUGCCAGUGCAAUGCGGUGAAACCAUGCCAGGAGAACGUGGUGAAACCAUGCCAGGACAAUGCGGUGAAACCAUGCCAGGACAAUGCGGUGAAACCAUGUCAGGAGAACGUGGUGAAACCAUGCCAGGACAAUGCGGUGAAACCAUGCCAGGACAAUGCGGUGAAACCAUGCCAGGACAAUGCGGUGAAACCAUGCCAGGAGAACGUGGUGAAACCAUGCCAGGACAAUGCGGUGAAACCAUGCCAGGACAAUGCGGUGAAACCAUGCCAGGAGAACGUGGUGAAACCAUGUCAGGACAAUGCGGUGAAACCAUGCCAGGACAAUGCGGUGAAACCAUGCCAGGACAAUGCGGUGAAACCAUGCCAGGACAAUGACGGUGAACAGGUCAGGAGCACGCUGGUGAAACCAUGCCAGGACAAUACGGUGAAACCAGGCAGGACCAAUCCGGUGAAAACCAUGGCAGGACAAUGCGGUGAAACCAUGCAGGACAAUCGGUGAAACCAUGCAGGACAAUACGGUGAACCUGAUGGCAGGACAAUGCGGUUGAAAACAUGGCAGGACAAUGCGGUGCAACCAUGCCCGGACAUGCGGUGAAACCAUGGCAGGACAAUGCGGUGAAACCAUGUUCUGGACAAUACGGUUUGAACCAUGGCAGGAGAACGUGGUGAAGCCAUGCCCGGACAAUGCGGUUGAUGAAACCAUGCCAGGACAAUGCGGUGAAACCAUGCCAGGACAAAGCAGUCCCACGAUUCCAAGACAUUGCAGUGCAAACAUGCCCAGACAAUGUAGUGAAACCAUGCCAGGACAAUGUGGGCCAAAGAUGCCAGGACAAUGUGGGCCAAAGAUGCCAGGACAAUGCUGCCGAACAGCAUGUGACAACCUCUUCAGACUGUGUAAAGGAGGAGGAGACGGAGAGACCCUUGAAUCACCAAGAUGGCAACUGGUAGCUUCAGAGACCAGGGACCCCCAGUAAACGUCUGGCUGCUUGCUGUUUGAGCUGUCGACCUGAAGUGUUAUCUGAAUGAGGAACUGAUGGAAAUUAAAAUCCCUUCUCCACCUC